UAUAAGAAAGUGAAUGUGACUCGGUUUUGAUGAUCGUUGGCAUUUUAAGCAGCGCAUGGCAGUGUCUGUUACAUGGUGAACUGUCACAUUUGUUUGGGAGUCAUAUGCUCCUUUCUAGUCUAUGAUAAGUUAAGGACUGUGGAGAAAUGUUCACCCGGUCACGUUUUAAAUCAUCGAUAUCUGCCUAUUUGAGGCAGAUCUCUCGAAAUUAUGCCACCCGCCAGGAGAGAAUUCGAAACAUUGGAAUCCUCGCUCAUAUCGAUGCCGGAAAAACAACAACGACCGAAAGAAUGCUUUUUUAUUCCGGAAAAACAACAUCCCUGGGUGAAGUCCAUUACGGGAAUACUAUAACGGAUUAUCUCAGUCAGGAACGUGAGCGAGGUAUAACAAUUUGCAGCUCUGCUGUUACAUUUCCUUGGAGGGACUACAGAAUAAAUUUGCUCGACACUCCAGGCCACAUCGACUUUACCAUGGAAGUUGAACAGUCACUGGCGGCAGUUGAUGGUGUGGUUGUUGUACUGGACGGGUCCGCUGGAGUAGAAGCGCAAACAGUUACUGUUUGGUCGCAAGCAGAUCGGUAUUUCUUACCAAAAAUCGUGUUUAUAAACAAAAUGGACCGCAGCGACGCAGAUUAUACCGCUUGUUUGAAAGAUCUUAAAGAGAAACUGGAUGUGCGCCCUUUAAGUUUGCAACUGCCAAUAAGAGAGGAAGAGGAAUUGUCAGGCAUAAUAGACGUGAUAAGCAUGAAAGAAAUAAGAUGGAAGAAGGAAUCACUAGGUCAAAUCUACAGUGAAUCGCCUUUGCCUGAUGAAAUAUCUGAUUCGGUAUUUCAAAAACGUAACGACCUAAUCGACACUCUUUGUGAAACUGAUGACAGCUUGGCCGAAUCCGUAAUAUCGGAGAGCGGUUACAAGCAUGUAACAGAAAAAAUGAUCUGGUCGUCAGUUCGAAAGGCAACGUGUUCACAAAAAGCAGUUCCAGUUUUAUUGGGAUCAGCUUACAAAAAUGUCGGGAUACAGACUCUCAUGGAUGGUGUUUGCAGCUAUCUUCCUGCGCCUCAUGAACGCAAUAAACUUUAUGAUUGCUUCGAAGAUAAUUUUGCUGGCAAAGUUUUCAAAAUUGUUCACGAUAAGCAACGAGGACCACUGUCAUUAGUACGUGUAAUGCGAGGUACUAUGAAAAAGGGGAUGAGGCUAGUGACUAUGCGAGGGGCGGCUGAAACUUUACAGAGAAUCUAUGAGCCACUAGCAGAUGAAUAUAGGGAAACGGAUCAGGUUCAAUGCGGUGAAAUAGGGGUCUGUGCAGGAUUGAAGAAUACAAUGACCGGUGAUUUAUUAACCAACAAUGCAGGGGCUCCACGAACAGCACAAAAGAAAUUAGCGAAAAUUUUAAAUGUUGACAAAACUCAGAACAAUGAUGAGGACAACUUAGAUCUUAUCAAUGAAGUUUUAUCCUUGGAACCAAAAGUACCUGAUGCAGUGUAUUUGUGUUCCAUUGAACCUCCAAGCUUGGCUUAUCAAAACGCUUUGGAAGUGGCAUUGAAGCAGUUGCAAAGAGAAGAUCCUAGUUUACGGGUUCAAUAUGAUGAAACGACAGGUCAGACUGUCCUCGGAGGUAUGGGUGAACUUCAUAUGGACAUUAUAAAAUCGCGUUUAAUGUCUGAGUAUAAAAUCGACGCUGACUUAGGGCCACUGCAAAUUGCCUAUAAGGAAACGAUCGACUCAGAGUGUUCGGGGACGUGGAGUUUGGAGAAAGAAAUUGCAGGAGCGAAACAACAGGUCUCCAUAACAUUGAUGCUAACUAAAAACAGUAAAGAGCUUUUCAGACUGGACAAUUCCCCGGAAAAUAUGCCAAAUUUGAACUUGAUUCGGCCCAAAACUCUUCAAAUUAUUAAAAAAGGUGCAUUGGCGGGGUUAGAGCGAGGUCCCCGGGUUGGGGGGAAAGUUGUUGAAACGCAAGUCAAACUGCAAAAUUUAACGAUUGGUCGUGGAACUGCAGAUUCAUUUAUUCUAGCAGCCGCUUCGCAGUGUGUGCAUAAGGUUUUAAGUGAGAAUGGAACACGAUUACUAGAACCGAUUAUGGCAGUUCAAAUAAUCGUGCCAUCCCAUAAGAGCCCCAGAAUCAUUUCAGACUUGGGCAGGAGAAGGGCGUGUAUAAACGACGUACGCUCGAAAGGCGAUCGGAAUAAAAUAAUUGAAUGUUCUGUACCAUUAUCGGAAAUGACUGGCUAUUCGAGCAUUUUGCGGACAAUUAGUUCUGGAACGGCAAGUAUGACAAUGCAGCCAUGCGGCUAUGCAACGAUGAAUCCCCAGGAUGAAGUUGUGGCGGAAAGAAAAGCUCAAGGUUUAGAAUGAAAUAAAAAGAUUUUUUUAACGUAAA